AUGGCGUUGUCGCUACUAUUCUGCCGAACCUGCGCACGGCGCAAAGUGAAAUGCGACAAGGUGGCACCGAUAUGCUCUACAUGCCGAAAAAGUAAGCUUGAGUGCUCAUACAAGUUACCUGAUCCCGGGGGACGGAAAAGGAAGAGAUCAAGCGCCGAGCUGCUCCAAAGGCUCGCUCGAUAUGAGCACGUCCUACGUGAACACGGAUUGCUAGAAGAGGCCCAGGCGGGCGUCUCCACUUUGGGUCAAGUUGCAACGUCCCAAGGCUCCGACAGGUCCAUAUCUCUCCUUUGGGACGAGCCGGAAGACUCCAGGGUGACAGGCAGGUUGGUCACUACCCAAGCCGGGUCGAGAUAUGUGAGCAGUUUGCUCUGGCAAAACCUGGAAUACGAUGAAGCCGAGGGUCUAUCUGAGAGCGAGGGCUUGGAGGACAAUUCAGCAGCGCCUUCCAACGGAUUUGACCCUUUAACAGCAGCGUUGAUGGACGGUCGAUUUCGUCCCCUUGACCAUUACCGUCCGCCGCCCUUCCAGGCCAGGUUCCUGUGGGCAACAUACAUCGAAAAUGUCGAGGCGCUUUGCAAGAUCCUACACAUCCCAUCAACGAGCAAGAUGAUCGAAGCGACGCUGCAGCGCUACGAAAGCGCAUCAAAUCCUGACGAGUGCGCGGUUUCCCAGGCUGACGAGUGCCUGCUAUUCGCUAUAUACCAUUUCGCCGUGUUCUCCAUGACCGACGAGGACUGCCUCGCAAGCUUGCACGAUUCCCGGGCGACCUUGCUUCAGAGAUACCGCCUCGCAGCUCGGCAAGCUCUCAUCAACGCGUCGUUUCUCAAGACCACGGAGUUCAUCGUUCUGCAAGCUUUUGUCCUCUUCCUUCUAUCCUCCCAACACCAGUAUGAUCCAGCCACAUUCUGGAUUCUCACAGGCGCCGCCGUCCGCAUAGCACAGUGCAUGGGCCUGCACCGGGACGGGGAGAAGCUGGGCUUGCCGCCCUUCGAGGUCGAAAUGAGGCGGCGAUUGUUCUACCAGCUUCUACCUCUCGAGGCAAGGGCCAGUCAGACGGCCGGCAUGGGCAUCUCCAUUCCGCCGUAUGCAUGGAAUGUUCGACUGCCUCUCAACGUCGACGACGACCAGAUAUGGCCGGGCAUGACAGAGACCCCACAAGAACAGCAAGGAGCUACCGAGAUGAUCUUCUGUCUGUCCCGGGCCUACCUAGGGAGUUUCUUCCUCAGAUCAAGUCGAGGAGGCAACGGCUCAGCCGGCGGGGAAGGCUUGAGCGCCUGGCGCCUCAGAGAUGAGGAAGCCGAGCGCGUCGUCAGGAAAGCAGAAAGCGAAGCGGAGGAGAAGUUCAUUCGCUACUGCGACGUUGUUAAUCCCCUGCACUAUCUCACAAUCUGCUCGGCGAGGUCCGGUGUCACCGCCAUGCGCCUCCGGGUGAAGCUCGCCAAGAUUCGGAACCAGAAGGCUACCGAAACGGACACGAAAGAUGCCUUGCAGCUCGCGCUCAAGACUCUGGAGACCGACUCGGCUGUCUGCGCUCACCCCGGACUUGAGAGAUACCGCUGGCAUAUAAAGCCUUUCAUGUUGCUCUCCCCACGAGAGACUGACACCGCUUGGGUGACUUUGAAGAAUAUGCACCACAACCACGGCCAGCUGUAUGCACCAGACCGACCGUUGUACGCGUCGCUAAGGCGGCUCACGAUCAAGGCGUGGGACGUCAACCCACCAAGCUGGGCGCACAACAAGGAGAGGACGGAAUUCAUCGACACCCUGCGUUCUGACCGCAGCCAUUUGUUGAGCGAAGGGAACAACACAGAGACGGCGGAGUCCGCGUCGGUUUGCCAGCUCCCUAAGGCUGGUUCGAUUCUGGAUUUUGACUUGGGCCGUGAGUUCGAUCUGGUCGGCGCAGACUGGUCGUUUUCCUCGGACCACCUCUUACGGGAGCAGCCUGGCCAAGAACAAUACGAACUUGACUUUGGAUGGGACAGACAGCUAUAA